AUGGUUGAAAAAGACAAACCAUUAAGAGAAUCUAUUAAAAAUCUUAAUGCUCCUGCAAUUAUUGCUUUUGGCAAUCCUUUAUUAGAUAUGUUUGUAAAAAUAAAAGAUAAUGAUUUAUUAAAAAAAUAUAAUCUUAAUGUAGAUGGAGAAACAGAAUUUUCUGAAGAUAAAAUGCAAGAAUUAUUGGCAGAUAUACCGCAAGAAUCAAAACAGGUAGUGUAUCCUGGAGGAUCAGCACAAAAUACAAUGCGAAUUAUGCAGUGGCUUUAUGAUGAAACCUUUCAAAAUCAAUAUUGUAUUUUUUCUGGAGCUAUUGGUAAUGAUUGUAAAGGAAUAAUGUUACAAAGUUUAGUUCGGUCAGCAGGUGUGGAUGCUAGAUAUGCAAUUCAUUCAAAUAUAAGUACAGGACAAUGUAUAGUAUUGAUAAGUGAACCAUAUUGUAGUUUUGUUGCAAAUGUAGGAGCUGCAGCUAAAUAUACUUUAAAUGAUCUUAAAGCAUGCAAUUUAUCAUUUGAUAGAAUAAAAAUAAUAUAUAUUGAAGGAUUUUUCAUAUCUCAUAGUUUUUCUGUAAUAAAAGAACUUGUUAAACAAGCAGAAGAAAGAGAUAUAAUCAUAGCUUUUAAUAUAAGUGGGACAUAUAUAUUUAAUGAUUUUCGUACAGCAGUUUGCGAAAUGGUAGGUCAUUCAAAUAUUGUAUUUGGUAAUUCAAGAGAAAUGGAAGCUUUGGCUCAAUCAUUAAAUCUUACAUAUGAUGAUGUAUCAGAUAUACCAUUUUUAUUAAAUAGUUUAAAAAGAAUUACAAUUAAUGUCUGUAAUACAGUCAAAAAAGAUUGGCUACGUCAUGGGGGAGUAUUUGUUAUGACUCAAGGUGCAUCUGCUCCAACAAUUGCUGUUUGGGGAAAAAGUCAAUUUGCUCAAGUACACCCAAUUAAACCAAAAGUUCCUGUUAUUGAUACAAUAGAUACUGGUGAUGCUUUGGCUGCUGGUUUUCUAGCAGGUGUUUUAGCUCGUUGGAAACCAAAACAUUGUUUAGAAUAUGGUUGUAAAAUAGCAUCUUAUAUAGGAACAAUAUAUGGGGUUAAAUUACCAGAUAAUGUACCAUUAGAUUUAUUGGAAUAAAACUAUAAUUUAUUAUUUAAAAAAUA